AUGUUGAACGACCUUCUUAAAACGGCUACAACGUUUCUGCACCAUGAUGCCACUUUUGAGAAGAUAGCUUCUGCUGGCAGUAAAUGUUUCGUAGAGCUGUGUGGUGAGGAAGAAAGCGACUCUCUCCACGCCCUGCUUUACGGGACAUUUGUCAUAUUUUCUGCCAACGUUAAAGUCCACCACGCUCGUCUGCCCCCAAAGCGAAGAGGCUGCUGCUCAAUAUUCCUACAGUGGUUGGGAGCAGAUAAAAAGCCCACCAACUGGAGAUGGAGAAGAAGCCAGCAGGAUCUGACACCUGUUUGCCUCAACCAAGGAAACAGCUCCGCUAACUCUGCUGAAAUACCUGUCACGUAG